AUGCCUUCGUCCAGCGAACCCGGAAAGCCUCCACUACGGCUGCACAAUUUUAAUCUCCCGCCAGAGCUGCAGUGGAAGAAGCACAACACCCGCAAGACCGCUGGCCGCCACCCCAUGAAAUCAAGGGCUAGAAGGUCAUCUGCAAUGGCGAAAGGUCCUUCUGUUCCAGCAAAAUCUGUCUCCAAUCUGUGGCUGGCGGAAAAAACUUCCUCCAGAAUAUGCCAGUCUGCCGCCGGCCACUCAGCCACGUUUGAUCCAACUUCUGAAUCUGCAGAGAGAAAUAAAACACUUUGCGAAACCUACUCAUCCCCAUCCAAACCGAAAACAAAAAUCAUAAUCAAAAUCAAACUUCCCCCAACAAGGGACAAAGCAGAUGUUCUCCCAAAUCUUAAUCCACCAGCACAGGCCGACCAAGAUAUUAGUGAGGAUUUCAAGACCUGGAACAUGAGGCCACGGAAGCCACUCCAGAACAAAUCAUCUCUGUCCGACAAGAAGGAAAAGACUGAGCCAUCCUUGUCAUUGCUGUCACCGCCGGCAAAGAGGAAGCUGAGCAUUACGGUUCCUUUGACCACACAGGAGGUGGAAAAGGAUAUUCUUUUGAUGACAGGAGGGAGGCCGUCCCAGAGACCGAAGAAAAGGCCAAAGCACCUUCAGAAAUAUUUGAAUAUUUUGUUUCCGGGAGGAUGCUUGGCCGCCAUUUCUGUUGAUAAAUACAAGGUUUAG